GGGAUGCUGGCUGAGCUGGGCGCCCCCAACCUCCUCCGCCAGGCUCUCCCGCGCUAGGCGUGGAAGCCGGCGUGGGCCCCCCCCCUCUCCGCUCUCCAAAGCCCGGAGAACUCCGGAAGGGCGCAAGCGGGACCUUCCCAACCCUCCGCCGGCCGGAGAGCCCCCCCCCUCCGCCCCUUCGGAGGAAGAGGCGCCGGGCUUCUCCCGGGUCGGCAUGGCCCGGCGGGACCUGCUUCUCCUGACCUUGGCCGGGCGGCUGCUGCUGCUCCUGCUGCUGGAGGCCUGGACCGGAGGCCACGCGGCAGACCCGAGCCAGCCCAGGUUGCGCCUGGCGCAUAAAGAGCUGUGGAAUAUGAACCGAACGUCAGUUUUUCAUAGUCCAUCUGGAUCGCUUGGGCUUCAUGUAAUGCUUGUGGACGAGUAUCAAGAUCGGCUGUUUAUUGGAGGAAAAAACCUGAUAUAUUCUCUCAGCUUAGACCGAGUCAGUGAAAAUUACAGAGAGAUUCAUUGGCCCAGCAGUUCCCAGCAGGUGGAAGAAUGCACAAUCAAAGGAAGAUCGAUGGAGGAAUGUGCCAAUCACAUCUGUGCUUUGCACCGAUACAACCGAACGCACCUGCUGGCCUGUGGAACGGGAGCCUUCGAUCCCGUCUGUGCUUUCGUCAGAGCUGGCCAUCAGUCGGAG